GCCCCGAUGAACUCCCUCUGCAGAGCAUGCAAUAGCACAGUGUCUAUACAUGUAUACUGUAAACGGAUAGCUUAAUAAUAUGUGCUCUGUCAUGCAUCGCCUGUGUGGAUGAACAUAUUUACUCAGUGCCUGAGUGUAGAUCUUCAGAAAGAGGAAGUCAGAGCAGUUACAACCCUAAAGGAUUUAAUGGUAAAAAGUGAUUUUAUGAACUUUUAUGCAACAGGGUGUCAUGUGUCAAGACUUUGCGUGUUUCUUGUUUAAAAGAUUGAUCUCUUCCCAGAAUAUAAAACAAAUCCAGACUGUUGCGGCUUCUUGUUAGACUGUGCAAAGCUACAAUCCGGGAACAUGCUGAUCUCUGUCUGGAGUUUCUUGAAGGACAGAACUUGAAAGUGGAUAUGAUAUCUCGCCCGACUUAACUAGCUAGUUGUGAGUCUGAAUACCACAAGAAGUCCCACAUAGAGGGGACCAUUGAGCAGAAGAACUAUUUUUAGCCAUAGCAGUCAAUAACUCUGUAUUUUAAGCACACAGAUAGCAAACAACUGCACUCUUGACGUGCAGAGAGUUGUGAGGUUGGGAUGGUCCCAUUCCUGGGAUUUCAUCCAUCUAGCAUCUAAAUUCCCGUAUUUAUUUUGAUGUUUAGUAAUGAAUUACACUCAUUUAAAUUCUCAUUAAUUAUAUUUUACAAGUUAAAAAUGUCACAUUUGAAGACAGAGCUAAAACAAGACAAGGAUGGUUUCUGUUUCUUUUAUGAUUCUUUUUCUGUCAAACUGGUGAGGUAAGGACCCAAACGCAGCAGAGAGAGGAGAUCCGGACGGGACAAAGGCGGCUCCUGUCUCCGGUGCCUCUGUGCCUCAGUUUUGUAACUCCCCAACGGUGAUAGUGAUGGUGGGAUUGCCAGCCAGAGGGAAGACAUACAUCUCCAAGAAGCUCACUCGCUACCUGAACUGGAUUGGAGUUCCAACUAAAGUGUUUAACGUGGGCCAGUACCGCAGGGAUGCAGUCAAGACCUAUAAGAACUUUGAGUUCUUCAAGCCUGACAACGAGGAUGCCAUGAGAAUCCGCAAGGCCUGCGCUUCAGCUGCACUCAAAGAUGUUGCUGCCUAUUUCUCAAAGGAACAUGGACAAGUCGCCGUUUUUGAUGCCACCAACACCACCAGGGAGAGAAGGGCCAUUAUCAACAGCUUUGCAAAGGAGAAAGGCUAUAAGGUGUUUUUUGUAGAAUCUAUCUGUGAUGACCCAGAAAUUAUUACAGAAAAUAUCAAGCAAGUAAAGUUUGGGAGCCCAGAUUACAUCGAUCGUGACAUAGAAGAAGCUAUGCAGGACUUCAUACAGCGCAUUGAGUGCUACAAGGCUUCCUACACGUCUAUAGAUGACGAGCUAGACAGGAAACUCUCCUACAUAAAGAUCUUUGACGUGGGCAGUAGAUACCUGGUGAACAGGGUGCAGGACCACAUCCAGAGCAGGAUUGUGUACUACCUGAUGAACAUCCAUGUCACACCAAGAUCCAUCUACUUGAGUCGCCACGGAGAGAGUGAACUCAACCUGUUGGGUUGUAUUGGUGGAGAUUCUGCAUUAUCCCCAAGAGGACUAAAGUAUGCUGGAGCUUUGGCAUCCUUUAUCAGGGGUCAGAAAAUCAAGGAUCUGAAGGUGUGGACAAGCCACAUGAGGAGGACUAUCCAGACUGCAGAGGUUCUAGGGGUCCAAUAUGAACAGUGGAAAGCUCUCAAUGAAAUUGAUGCUGGUGUGUGUGAGGAACUGACCUACGAAGAGAUUCAAGAGAAUUUCCCUGAUGAAUUUGCUAUGAGAGACCAGGACAAGUAUCGUUAUCGUUACCCAAAAGGAGAGUCCUAUGAGGACCUGGUCCAUCGACUAGAGCCGGUCAUUAUGGAGCUGGAGAGGCAGGAAAAUGUCCUGGUUAUCUGCCACCAGGCUGUAAUGCGCUGCCUGUUGGCCUACUUUCUAGACAAAUCUGGAGAUGAGUUGCCGUACCUCAGAUGCCCCCUGCACACGGUGCUUAAACUCACACCUGUAGCCUACGGGUGUAAAGUUGAGUCAUUUUUCCUCAACAUAGAGGCAGUCAACACACACAGAGAAAAGCCAAAGAAUGUCAACGUUAACAGAAAGCCAGAGGAGGCCCUGCAGACUGCCCCUGACCAUAUAUGAUAACAGCAUGAAGGAAAUGGGCUGUAGCGGCAUAUAACUGAAUAUGUUCUUACUCAAAAGACCCAAAAAAUGUUAGAGAUGUGCUUAAAUUCUUGUGUAAAACAGAGACGAAAGGGUUAAUCACAGCAGAAGGAUACCAGAUCAUGGAGAGGCUGCAUCUUGCAGCUGGUUCUGUUUUCUGUCCGUGUGAACUAUUCCUUUUGCUUAUCUGUAUGCAUGAAGUUUGCUUUUAGUGAAAGCGUCAUCGACAUACUAAAGACCUCUAUGUGGAGGCUGAAAGAGAAAACAUUCAGCUGUUUUAAAGAUAGCAUCACAACCUUGGCUUUAUCCAUCUGCUGUUCAGGUAACAAUAGCUGGUUAAAAGUUAGUGGAGUAUUAGCAAUCAGCACCAAGGACAGCACCCAAACGAACAAAACAUUUGUUACAUUCUCAGGACUGAUUAGUCGAAAACACACACACACACACACACACACACACACACACACACACACACACACACACACACACACACACACACACACACACACACACAGGUUCUAAUGGAAAAUUAUGAAUGAAUACAUUAAAAAAAUUAAAUAA